CCCCGGGUGCACUGCGAAACGGUGAUGCUGAGCAGAGACGCGCCCGUGUCUCCGCGGCCCGUGUCUCUCAGGACGCGCUUCUCGGUAUAAUAAUGCACGAGGACGCCAGUGGUUUCUCAUCUGCACGACACGGUUACACUGCAGUACCGUAUGCACGCAGAUUAGAGACAUCAUAACUGGCGGUGUGUGUGUGUGUGUUUUUCCCGUGAGCGGAUGAGUCGGCCACUGCAUCGCUCCAGACCUGGAAACCGUCGCUAAGGAAUAUCAUCCCAGGUAAGCAGGCACCAUGCUGACUAGCAUCACAGAGAGCAUCCUGUGCUGCCUGACAGGCAAAAGUGGAAAUGCAGUGCUGCCUGUGGAACCAUCGGAUGCUGCUCCAUCUGAUGGGUUUGAAUUUGUAGAGGUGAAGCCAGGCCGUGUUUUACGUGUGCGCCAUGUCCUGCCCGAGCGUCCUGCCAAUCCCGAGCUGCAACAGGAGCGGGGUACGAGUGUGCACUGCAAGCGCAAGAUCACUGUCUACCGCAAUGGGCAACUGGUGAUAGAGAACCUGGGUGACGUGCUGCGAUCUGAGAUUCUACAUUGCCCUAAUGGAGAAGUGGAGCAGUGCAGUACUGUGGAGGUAGAGCUUGCUGAUUACUUCACUGCGCCUUCCUCCCCAGAACCCAAACCAGCACCUCCUCCUCUUCCGGCAUCAGACCAGCAGAAACCAGCUCCACCACCCAGGAGGCGCAGGAGGAAGCCCAAGCGAACAGUUCUCAUUGACUCAGAGAGGUGUAUCAGCAGCUGUAAGGGGACGCACUCGGAUGUAGCACUCUUCUUUAUCCACGGUGUCGGAGGCUCACUGGACAUCUGGGGUCGUCAGUUGGACUUCUUCUCCAAACUGGGCUACGAGGUCAUAGCACCAGACCUUGCAGGGCAUGGAGCCAGCACGGCCCCUCAAAUAGCGGCUGCGUACACAUUCUAUGCCCUGGCUGAGGACCUGCGUGCCAUAUUCAAGAGAUAUGCUCGCAAGCGCAACAUCCUUAUUGGACACUCAUACGGGGUGUCAUUCUGCACGUUCCUGGCGCACGAGUACCCAGAACAGGUACAUAAGGUGGUCAUGAUAAAUGGCGGCGGCCCCACAGCGCUGGAGCCAAGCCUCUGCUCCAUUUUCCAGCUGCCCUCCUGUGUCCUGCACUGCUUGUCUCCUUGCCUCGCGUGGAGCUUUCUGAAGGCUGGAUUUGCCAGACAGGGAGCUAAAGAGAAGCAGCUGCUAAAGGAGGGAAAUGCUUUUAACGUGUCUCCGUUUGUGCUGCGGGCCAUGAUGAGUGGUCAGUACUGGCCUGAGGGAGAUGAGGUGUACCAUGCUGAGCUCACUGUCCCCAUCUUACUCGUGCAUGGCCUCUAUGACAAGUUUGUUCCCAUGGAUGAGGACCAGCGAAUGGCUGAGAUUCUCCUCUUUGCGUUCUUGAAAGUGAUCGAGGAGGGCAGUCACAUGGUCAUGAUGGAAUGCCCGGAUACAGUCAACACACUUCUGCAUGAGUUCUUUCUCUGGGAGCCAGACAUCACCAGAAAGGAUUGUGUGGAUGAUCCACCUGUUACUGCGGACACGACAACUUAUGAAAACGCUGGCGUACAAAAUUCCAGCGAGCCUGCCAACAAAUAACCGAUGAAGAGCGAGGUUUUAGUAGGGAAAACCAAUCAGAAGGCUCUUGAUAGCAGGCUUUAUGAGGUGGAGUGAUCACCCAGGCUGAAAGCUAAUUUUUUCGAGCUGAAGGUUGAGCUGAAAGUUCAAGACGGUUGCAUCAAGACGGCAAGAAUGGUUCAAGAGGUGAGACUCUGCUGACACAGGCAAGAGCUUUAGGAGGGGAAAAAAACAAUGAACAAAUGAAUGCGUAAACCUAAUCGUGGUUUAUUACAUUUCAUUGGUGUCAUAUCUCUCUGCUACCUUUGGACAAAUCUCUUUUCUUCUUGUGGUGUUUAAAAAAAUGGACUAAAGUUCUGUUCAGUUGGUGAAAUUUUUCCAGCCUGAACUGGAUAUUUGGCUGGAUUACAGAGGUGUCCCCAGACUCAUGCAGUGCAUUUAAAUCUAUUGUGUGAUCUACUGUGAUCUAAACAACAUGAGUGCAUCAAAGUGGGGAGAGAAAAAGAGCUCAGAGCCAACUGUCAGGUUUCUACAUGCUGUUGCUAAACACUGUUAUUUGUUCGAAGUAACAACGAUAAUUAUGAUGAGUGAAAAAAAAAGAGGUAGUGAGUUUGUAUUGUCUUCCUAUGUAAUCCACGCCUACAGCCCCAGGAGCAUUUAAAACAACGCUGUUAGGGUGAACAUAACUAAAUACUAACACAUAACUGUUAUGGUUAAAUAACCAGCUGUAAUGGGUACUUUCUGCCAUGAAUUAUUUGUUUUCUUCAAGCAAACAAACAAAAAAAGAGCCGAUUUGUGGAAAAACUGCAGAGCCGAAGGGUUAAAACAAAGGCAGUGAGCAGAAAAUUCGGUCAGCAGGAGCACUUUCAUGUUUCCUAGCAACGAGAAACUGGAGGAAAAGAUUUGCUGGUGGCGGUGGUGGUGGUGUGUUUACAGCCACAGACAAGAAGAGAAAGAGAAAUAGAGAAAGGGAGGAUGUUUGUGCCGAUGUAUUACUGAUAGGGUUUUGGUGCUGUAAUAAAAUCCAGAGAAUAAGCUAGAACAACAAAAUACUGUUAAAAUAAUCUUAACACUGGUAUGCUAACACGAAGACCAACAUUGAGACAUGACUGAAGACGGAAAUGAUUUCAGCGUCACAUUAUCGCAUCCAUAGAAAUGUAAAUUGACACACAUCGAGUGGGUGAGUGAAUGAAUGAGUGAGUGAGUGUGCGCACCGGGGUAGGCCAUGACUUUCAGGAAAUAAACAGAAGCACAGAAACGGUGACUCAUAAGCAAGGCCAGAUUGCGGGUAUGCAGGUGCAGGUUGCCAUAACAACAGACGGAAAAAUGCCCACGUGUUAAAUAGAAGGAAGGCUCGGUCAGUGUGUGAGAUGACUUGAUGCAGGAACUGCAUUGUAGGAAAAAAACAAAACCGUCAUUUGAAAACAAACAAAGCCUAUUAUUAUUAUUUUUUUUGGCACACACACACACACACAUGUACACUGGCAUAGGAAUUAAUUCACCGUACUCAGGAAGUUUUCUCUGCUUACUCUCAUAACAGAUAUGAUGCAAAUUGCCAUCAGUUUAUGUAGUGAUACAUUUUUUGAUGAUUCAAUUAUUCAUACAUUUCAGCACCUGGAAACACUUGCUGCAUUUUAUCCUCGCAAUCUUGCAUCACUAUUUUUCAACAAUAUGUAGUGAUGCAUGUUAAUAGUAAAUCAGGCUAAAACAGCCAUUUUUAAUCUACCCUGUUGAUACUAAUAGCUAUUAGGGAUGGGAAUCACCACUCGACACCCGAUACGAUAUUAUCACAAUUCCUAAGCGUGGGUUGAGUGGCUGUGGGCACGUGCGGCUUCUAGCGCAGUCGAUUUUAGACUAAUUAACGCUUGCAGUGUUUUGAGACUUGUGUAAGCGUGUGUAAUGAGUGGUUUUGAUACUAACUGGCCUACAGAGUUUGAAGAAAACUAACACGCACGAUUUUUCACUGCCUGAUCAACUGGUUCGUCUCUAUUAUAAAGGUAAAAAUUGUUUAAAAAAAAAAUUAUUUAGUCAAUGUGGUAAUAUAUGAUUAACUACACAAAAGAAUCUCGAUUCAGAACUCAAUUUAUUUUUCUCCCAUCUUUAAUAGCUAUACAGGAUCGUUUAUACACACCAAAGUCGUUCAUUAAUUUUAGCCUUAGAAUGAAUCUUAAACGAAAAGGGAUUAAUAUUUAAUAAGCAAAGGAGAAAUAUAUACAUAAUAUUUAUUAUUUAAAAGCCAAAAUCAUCUCACACAAACGCAUAAAUACAACGUACAUGGCCCUAUUCCAUGUUUUUCUCUUUCCUGUCAGGUUGAUGCCAUGCAAUGGAAAUCCUAGAAACGUUGUUAGAGUUUCUUCACACACAGAUAGUUUAUUUUAAAAUUUUAAUUUAUAAAGCUGAAUUUAUUAAUAGGAUGAAAACCAAAAUGGAGACGGAUAUAUAAUUCUUUAAAACUGAUGCAAAAAGUAGUUUAACAUAUUUAAUAUACUGAUGUAUCUUCUACUGUAUCGGCAUUUUAACAGCGAAUGGGAGUCGUGAUCGCUUCGUUCUGAACACAUAAGUGUUUAAACAGCACUAACAUCGUUGUUGACUCGAUAAUGUCACUGGCUACACUCGUGAGCAUUAGUUUUGUUAAUGUACACUAAUCACUGUAUGCAUGGAAAAACAGUGCUUAGAGCAAAUCUCUAUAUCUACCCGAGACGACGGUUUAUUCUAUUUACUCUUCUUCGUUCUAGACUUUGUGAUGUGAAACCAUUGCUAAAGCACAAGUAAUGUUUAUAAGCACGGCGUUUCUGAUCAUUACAUUCCAGAGUGAGCCACAUGAUACGGAUUACACCGUAGGAUUAACAGUAACCGAGCAAAUCACAAAAUUAAUUCUUUUUUUUUUUAAGUUUCUAAAACUAGAAUAAUGAAUUCUUCAGUUCAUAUGGAUGGAUGUGAUUCAAUGUACAUCCGAUAUCAUAUUCCACAUGCAAGGACAUGCAAGGGUAAUCACAAAUGAUGGUUGUUUAUGGGGGUGUAUGGGUGUAUGGGUGUGUGCAGCAGUGCUGUAUUACUAUACGCUGAUAAACACUGCUGUGUAAUGAUAACUGCCAGGGCAAAUAUGCAUCAUGUAUCAUCAGCAUCAAUAAGUGAAAAAUAAUAAAAAACAACAACUAUAUAUUAA